CUCCUUGGGCGAGUCCCUGCUGGCUGGCCAGGCCACUUUGCUCUAGAAGCCAGUGUGUCCCCUGGCGAUGAGGGAGGCGUGCUCCCUGCAGGCAGGACUUUGGCUCGUGCAGGGUGCUGUGGGAGGCUGGGACCCAUCCUGGGGAGACCACGGGCCAGACAGGGAGAGGGCGGAGCCGGCGCCCGGCGGCCCGCGGGUGGGAAGAUGGACGCCAGGCCUCUUUUCUCUGCUGGCUUCUAUAAUGAGGAAGUCCUCUGCAGCGCAGUUUCCUUUCCCUCACUGAGCGCUUGAAACAGGAAGUCAGGCAGUCAGCGAAGCUGGUGGCAGCAGCAGAGGUGACCGGAGGGUACAGGCGGCAGGUCUCCAGCGCAGGAGACCCACUCCCACCAUGGUCUCCGGCUGGAACCACGGCAACAUCACCCGCUCCAAGGCGGAGGAGCUGUUGUCCAGGGCCGGCAAGGAUGGGAGCUUCCUGGUGCGCGCCAGCGAGUCCAUCUCCCGGGCGUACGCGCUCUGCGUGCUGUACCGGAACUGCGUCUACACUUACAGAAUCCUGCCCAAUGAGGACGACAAGUUCACCGUCCAGGCCUCCGAAGGCGUCCCGGUCAGGUACUUCACUAAGCUGGACCAGCUCAUUGAGUUCUACAAGAAGGAGAACAUGGGGCUGGUGACCCACCUGCAGUACCCUGUGCCGCUGGAGGAGGAGGACGCCGGCGAUGAGCCCGAGGAGGACACGGAAAGUGUCACAUCUCCGCCUGAGCUGCCACCCAGAAACAUCCCUGUCUCUGCUGGGCCCUGUGAGACCAAGGAGCUUCCGGUGCCAGCCGAGAACCCCCGUGCUCCCGAGGCCAGCCGGCCCAGCCUCUCUGAGACACUGUUUCAGCGGCUGCAGACCAUGGACACCAGCGGGCUCCCGGAAGAGCACCUGAGAGCCGUCCAGGAGUACCUGGGCACUCAGCUCGCCCUGGACUCUGAGUUAGCAAAGACAGGCUCCAGCAGCCUUCCGCACCUGAAAAAGCUGAUCUCGCAGCUCUGCAAGGAGCUCCACGGGGAAGUCGUGCGGACCCUGCCGUCCUUGGAGUCUCUGCAGAGGCUGUUUGACCAGCAGCUCUCCCCGGGCCUCCGUCCGCGGCCGCAGGUCGCCUUCGAGGCCAGUCCGGUCAACAUGGUGGCCAAGCUCAGCCAGCUGACAAGCCUGCUGUCCUCCAUUGAAGACAAGGUCAAGGCCCUGCUGCACGAGGGCCCCGAGUCUCCCCACUGGCGUUCCCUCAUCCCACCCGUCACCUUUGAGGUGAAGGCCGAGUCUCUGGGGAUUCCUCAAAAAAUGCAGCUCAAAGUCGACGUGGAGUCUGGGAAACUGAUCAUUAAGAAGUCCAAGGAUGGCUCCGAUGACAAGUUCUAUAGCCAUAAGAAAAUCCUGCAGCUCAUCAAGUCUCAGAAGUUCCUGAACAAGUUGGUGAUUUUGGUGGAAACAGAGAAGGAGAAGACCUUGCGGAAGGAAUACAUUUUUGCUGACUCUAAAAAGAGAGAGGGGUUCUGCCAGCUCCUGCAGCAGAUGAAGAACAAGCACUCGGAGCAGCCGGAGCCCGACAUGAUCACCAUCUUCAUCGGCACCUGGAACAUGGGUAACGCCCCCCCUCCCAAGAAGAUCACGUCCUGGUUUCUCUCCAAGGGGCAGGGAAAGACGCGGGACGACUCUGCGGACUACAUCCCGCAUGACAUCUAUGUGAUCGGCACUCAGGAGGACCCCCUGGGGGAGAAGGAGUGGCUGGAGAUACUCAGACACUCCCUGCGCGAAGUCACCAGCAUGACCUUCAAACCGGUCGCCGUCCACACGCUCUGGAACAUCCGCAUCGUGGUGCUGGCCAAGCCGGAGCACGAGAACCGGAUCAGCCACAUCUGCACCGACAACGUGAAGACCGGCAUUGCCAACACCCUGGGGAACAAGGGAGCAGUGGGAGUGUCGUUCAUGUUCAACGGAACCUCUCUGGGGUUUGUCAACAGCCACUUGACUUCCGGAAGUGAAAAGAAGCUCAGGAGAAACCAAAACUAUAUGAACAUCCUCCGGUUCCUGGCCCUGGGAGACAGGAAACUGAGUCCCUUUAACAUCACUCACCGUUUCACCCACCUCUUCUGGCUUGGGGAUCUCAACUACCGCGUGGACCUGCCCACCUGGGAGGCGGAAACCAUCAUCCAGAAGAUCCGGCAGCAGCAGUACACAGACCUGCUGGCCCACGACCAGCUGCUCACCGAGCGGAGGGAGCAGAAGGUUUUCCUGCACUUUGAGGAGGAAGAAAUCACAUUUGCGCCCACGUAUCGAUUUGAAAGACUGACUCGGGACAAAUACGCCUACACGAAGCAGAAAGCGACGGGGAUGAAGUACAACCUGCCCUCCUGGUGCGACCGAGUCCUCUGGAAGUCUUAUCCCCUGGUGCACGUGGUGUGUCAGUCCUACGGCAGCACCAGCGACAUCAUGACAAGUGACCACAGCCCUGUGUUUGCCACGUUUGAGGCAGGGGUCACCUCCCAGUUCGUCUCCAAGAACGGCCCAGGGACCGGGGACAGCCAAGGGCAGAUCGAGUUCCUUGCGUGCUAUGCCACUCUGAAGACGAAGUCCCAGACCAAGUUCUACCUGGAGUUCCACUCCAGCUGCUUGGAGAGUUUUGUCAAGAGCCAAGAAGGAGAAAACGAAGAGGGCAGUGAGGGGGAGCUGGUGGUGAAGUUCGGCGAGACGCUUCCCAAGUUGAAGCCCAUCAUCUCUGACCCCGAGUACCUGCUGGACCAGCACAUCCUGAUUAGCAUUAAGUCCUCUGACAGUGACGAAUCCUACGGUGAAGGCUGCAUCGCCCUUCGGCUGGAGGCCACGGAAACCCAGCUGCCCAUCUAUACGCCACUCACCCAUCAUGGAGAGAUGACGGGCCACUUCCGGGGGGCCAUUAAGCUGCAGACCUCCCAGGGCAAGAAGAGGGAGAGACUGUACGACUUCGUGAAGACAGAGCGGGAUGAGCCCAGUGGGCCAAAGGGCCUGAAGAACCUCAGCAGCCAGGACCCCAUGAAGCAGUGGGAGCCUGCUGGCAGGCCCACUCCGUGCGGCGCCCUGGGCCUCAACGACGUCAUGAAUCCCAGCUACAUUACCUUUGGGCAGCCCACGCGCGUGAAGCUGACCAUGUCCCCGUCGCUGGACCAGCCGCUUCCAGCCUGGAGCUAUGACCCGCUGCCCAAGGACUCUUCCCUGGGGCCGGGGAGAGGGGACAGCCCUCCCACCCCACCCUCGCAGGCGCCACUGUCGCCCAAGAAGUUCAACUCUGUCGCAGCGAACAGGGGCACCUGCCCCAGGGCACAGGAGUCUAGGCCCGGCGAGCUGGGGAAGGGUGCAUCCGAAACCCCGCAGGAGGACCUGCCACUGAGCAAGCCGGAGAUGUUCGAGAACCCGCUGUACGGCUCUGUGAGCGCCUUCCCCAAGCUGGUCCCCAGGAAAGAGCAGGAGUCCCCCAAGAUGCUGCGGAAGGAGCCCCCACCCUGCCCAGAGUCGGAGGCCGAGGGCAGCAAGGGCACAAGCAAGCCAGCGCCCACGCCCUUCCUCAGCCCUGCGCCCCGCCUCCGCUCCUUCACCUGCUCGGCCUCCCCCGAGGGCAGGGCCGCCAGCGGGGACCGGGGCCAGGGUAAGCCCAAGGCCCCCGCCGGCUCCCAGGCCCCGGUGCCGGCCAAGAGGCCCAUCAAGCCGUCCCGGUCCGAGGUGAGCCAGCAGACGCCCACCCCUGCGCCCCGGCCGCCCCUGCCAGCCAAGAGCCCGGCUGUCCUGCAGCUGCAGCACGCCAAGAGCCGUGAUUACCGCGACAACUGCGAGCUCCCGCACCACGGCAAGCACCGGCCUGAGGAGGGGCUGCUGGGCAGGACGGCCAUGCAGCAGUGACGCCAUGGUGACUUACGGUGACAGGAGCCCAGAGGAGCAGCAGAAGCCUUAGAAUCCUCUCCUAUGGCCUCCUUCUGGUCCCCUACUCGCUUCCUGUGCAAAGCUUUGUGUUUUUCGGGAAAGGGCCUCGCUUCUGUGUGGCCCGUGGAGUGCGCUGACUGUGACACCGGACAGCCGGCGCCGCUGUUGGAAGGAGGACACACGCUGGACGGCAGCCGCACCCCCGGGUCCCCAGCGUGGCUGUGGUACUUGGGACCCCAGGGUCUUGUUGGAGUCGCCAUUUAGAGGAAAAGAACUGAAGUGCCAAUUUGGGGGUGGAGAUAUAAAUAAUAAUAAUAAUAAUAUUAAUAAUAAUAGUGGCCACGUGGCAGAGGAGUUGGCCUGUGCCACACACAUCACUAACUGCUCUAGGGACAUUGUGUGGGGACAGCGUCCAGGGCUGAGGCCCCCGCCAGGCGGAACCACGUGCCCAGGCCCACACAUCCUGAGGUUUGGGCGAAGCAUUAAGCAGGCUGGCCCUGGCAGCGAGGCGCAGCUGAGGGGACACGGAGAGUGCAAGUGACUCAUUCAGGGCACAGGGCUCGGUCCUGGGCCAGCUUCCAUGAUACACGCUGCUGUAGCCAAGGCCGGGGUCCCACACAGCCACAUGGGGAGCAGGGACCUGCCUGAGCGAGAGCAGGAAAGCACUGCAGUUCUAGACAGGCGGUCCGGCCUCACCCUGGGGUUAGGAUGUCCAAGGCCCUGCGGGGUCCACACGCUGGGCUCCCAUACACUGCUCAAGGCGGCCGGCGCCACCAGGCCCCCGUGGCCCUCCAGCAAGGCUGGGCCUGUCAGUCCCGGGCUCCGUGGCUUUCAGCCCUGUGUCCUUGGUUACGAGGAGAGUAGAUUUUGGUGUCUUUUCUCAUGUUGCUUCUUGACCUGGAGUGUGUGAGAGCGAGGCAGUGGGUACGCACCAUGCGCCGCUGCCCUGCCUGUGUGACCAAUAAACUGUGCCUUUCUCACCCGGC